CAGUUUGGAUAACAUCGGCUUACGUGGCGAAUGCGCAAUAUGCGAGAAUUGAUCACAUAUAAACGCUAUGCGCUAAGCGAUUGCCAAAUCAUUUUCCAGUAGAAUGUCAUCGUAUUCUGUGCAUCUGGGCCUGCUGCUACUCACCAGCUUUGUCCUGGUUCCAGCUGAAAGCGGUCACAUUGUCAAGCCGCGACAUUUUAAAAAGGUUCUCGAGGACGAAAACUUUUUUCAAAGCAGCGUAUGGCUCGUCGAGACGGAUGAUGAGGGCCACACAAGGCUAAGUGGCGAGAUAACAACCCACGUCACUCUCGACGACGAUUGGAAGGUGAAUAUGACACUUUAUCGAAAGGACAGCGGUGACGAUAGUUAUAAACCAUAUAUGGAAGUGAAACUUCGGUUUUGCGAACUGAUGAACACCUUUUAUAAGGACUUCUUCUAUGAAACGCUGAAGGAAUAUUCGAAUGCGCCCCAACCCGAUAACUGUCCCCUAGCACCGAACAAGUUUCAUCUCAAGGAUUACCCUAUAAAUUCAUCGCGAUGGGCAAAAGUUCUGGUAACUGACGACUAUAACCUAAUUGUCCAACUGUUCAAGGAUGACGAGCUGAAGCUGGAGUAUCUGGCAGAAUUUCAAGUGGAGUAAAAUAUGCUCAGUUUUUGCUCGAAUUUAUUGUGCAGUUCCAAAAUAAAGAUUUUAUUCAUAGUUGGA